AACAGCUGGUCCCCCAUAAAACUGAAAACAAUUUCUGUUGAAUAUCAGGUUUAAAUUUGAAAAAUAAAAUCCAGUAAUUAAAGUUUUUAAAAAACAAGAUUUUGACAGUAAAGAACAUAUUCCUCACCUUUAUGCAAUAAAUCAAACAUAAUUUGAUUUUUCUUAAACAGGGGAAAGCAGUAGAUCAUGCAUGGUAAUAUUAAUUGGUGAUACUGUCAGAGGUUUUUAGGAUAUUAAAAUGCAUAUUUGGCUUUAACAAGAUGACAGAAAUUAACAACAGUAGCCUGGUAAAUCAGGUGCACUUUCACUCCUCAUAAGUUCAUGGGCGCUUUUACUAUCAAGAAAGUGAAACUGAGCUCUUGAAAAUGGUGGAAAGUAGUUGUCAGAACUUCUGACAUUAAAAUUAAUUUCUGCUUAUAUGUGACUAGGCACAUAUAUUAAAUUUUGUAUACUAACACAAUGUUGCAUAAUAUAUUCUUAACCUGACAGUGUCCCUAAAUUAUCAUGUCUGUUUGCUUUCAUUUUCCAGCUGAGUUUUAAUUUUGCAUGCAUUUCAGUGAAAUACAGUAUGCAUCAUAGUUGUUUCCUGAAGCAUUUUGGGGCUGUAUCUGCUAGUGUUCUCCAAAAUGAGCAAGUUUAUCAUAGGAGUCUCUGUGAAGCUGUCUUUUUGAAGUAAUGCCAAUAGAAAGUGGAAGUUGUGCAUCUGCUCGCCAAGCAAAGCAGAAACGUAAAUCACACAGUCUUUCAAUCCGAAGAACCAACAGUUCCGAGCAAGAAAGGGCAGGACUGCAGAGAGACAUGUUGGAAGGGCAGGAUUCUAAACUACCAUCUUCAGUCCGGAAUACACUCCUUGAACUUUUUGGACAAAUAGAGCGGGAGUUUGAAAACCUGUAUAUUGAAAAUUUGGAAUUACGUAGAGAGAUUGAUACACUGAAUGAGCGUUUAGCAGCUGAAGGACAGACAAUUGAUGGAGCUGAACUGAGCAAAGGACAGCUGAAAACAAAAGCCAGUCAUAGUACCAGUCAGCUUUCUCAGAAAUUAAAGACAACUUACAAGGCAUCUACUAGCAAGAUUGUAUCCAGUUUUAAAACUACAACAUCAAGGGCAAUCUGUCAACUGGUAAAGGAAUAUGUUGGCCACAGAGAUGGUAUUUGGGAUGUCAGUGUUGCGAAAACUCAACCAGUCGUGUUGGGAACUGCAUCUGCUGAUCACACUGCUUUGCUGUGGAGCAUAGAAACAGGGAAGUGCCUUGUCAAGUAUGUAGGGCAUGUUGGAUCAGUAAAUUCGAUAAAGUUUCAUCCAACUGAGCAAGUGGCUCUUACAGCAUCUGGAGACCAGACAGCUCACAUCUGGAGGUACAUAGUACAGUUGCCUGCACCUCAACCAACUGCAGACUGCAAUCAAAUGUCUGGAGAAGAUGAAGUUGAGUUCUCAGAUAAAGAUGAACCUGAUGGAGAUGGAGAUGGUUCUAGUGAUUGUCCCACUGUCAGAGGCCCAUUAACUUCACUCAAAAGCCAUCAAGGAGUGGUUAUAGCAGCUGACUGGCUUGUUGGGGGGAAGCAAGCUGUGACAGCAUCAUGGGAUAGGACAGCAAAUCUGUAUGAUGUAGAGACUUCUGAACUUGUCCAUUCUCUUACAGGGCAUGACCAAGAGCUAACACAUUGUUGUACACAUCCCACCCAACGUCUUGUGGUGACAUCAUCACGCGAUACAACCUUCCGUCUGUGGGAUUUCAGAGAUCCUUCUAUCCAUUCUGUGAAUGUCUUUCAGGGCCACACAGACACUGUGACAUCUGCAGUUUUCACUGUGGGAGAUAACGUUGUUUCUGGUAGUGAUGACCGUACUGUAAAAGUUUGGGAUUUGAAAAACAUGAGGUCUCCUAUUGCAACAAUCCGUACAGACUCUGCAGUCAACAGGAUUAAUGUAUGUGUUGGCCAAAGAAUCAUUGCCCUUCCACAUGACAACCGACAAGUGAGAUUAUUUGACAUGUCAGGAGUGCGAUUAGCACGCCUCCCUCGCAGUAAUAGACAGGGCCACAGAAGAAUGGUGUGUUGCUCAGCAUGGAGCGAGGACCAUCCAAUAUGUAACCUCUUCACAUGUGGAUUUGAUCGCCAGGCUAUUGGUUGGAACAUCAACAUCCCUGCUUUGUUACAAGAAAAAUGAAAUGCUGGAAGAAUUUUUGCAUUUUAUGUUGCCAUGGACUUCUACUUUUGCAGACUUUUCUGAACAUUGGUCUGCUGUCGCUGUAAAAGCUCUUCCUUAAGUGGAGACUUUAGCAAAUGUUGUUCUUGUUACCACAUUGUGCACAGUUUGCAUGAAUUGUACAGAAAAUGUGAUUUUUUUAAAAAAAAUUAGUUUGUCUUGUGUAUGAACUUUUAUAUUUUGGCAUCCACUGGUCAAUAUGUUCACUGUUGCAUAGAGCACAUAAAUGUUCAUAAGUUAUUUAGCAUUUAAUAGAUACACAGUAGGGCAUUACAUUUGUGACAUAAAUGUGAAACUUCCGUAAUCAAUGUAGAGAGUGUAUAGAGUCUGUUACGUUUUUCAUGACUACAUAUCUGCCUUGUGUUAAAAAGAAUCUGCAGGGCUAAGACUUUGAAAUGAAGUGUGGAUUUCACUAGUUGUAUGAUUGUAAACAUUUUCCUGUUUGCAUCUGAUUCGGAAUACUUUUUUUAGUGCUGCAGUAUAGGGCAACUUCAACUCCAUUUCUGUUCCAGUUACUGGAGAAAUAGUAGAUUUGAGAAGGAAGAUGCAAGUAAUUUGUAGUGAGUAUAGACUGCCAGGUUUGUUUGGAAUGCUUUUCGUACUUUUUUUUUUUUUAAAAAAAAGAAAAAAGAAAAAUACUAAUUCUGCCCUUCUUAUAUAAAAUCUCAUGGCAUUUCAUACUAUCAAAAGUCCAGAAUAUUAUGAUUCUAAUCACUGAAAUCUAGUCAAGCAAAUUUUGAAGCACUUUAGUUUAUAGCUAUUGUUAUAAACCAUUUAUGAAAGUUUGACUUUACCAGUGAAUGUGAGCUGACCUUUGUAAGAAGGAUUGCUUCUUUUUGGUGAUCUGCCCAGAAAGGAAAUAGGUUUUUUUGGGGUUGGGUUUGUUUGGUUUUUUUUGUUUUUUUUUUUAAAUAUAUCUACAGUGAGCAUACUUUUAAUUGUGUUCACUUCCCAUAUUUUUAUUUUGAGCCAGCAAUACAAAGAAAAUGAGUACUACCUCAAAAAUGAAUGUUGGUCAAGAUGCAUUGAAUCUCUCUGUAGCCUAGAAAAAAGCACUUUUGGUCUCUGGCUGAAGCACUAUCUCUGACAUGAGAAGACAGACAAUCAUACUAAAUGUGAUCCUUAAGAUAAGUAACACUUAAAGUUAAUGGAGCAAUACAAUCAGUAAACAUCAUCUGUCACCUUUCUGUUCUCAGCUGUGGCAAGGGCUGCUGCAGUCCCUAUUCUGUUCCAAAAGGGGGUAAUUAACAUAGGUCUCCCUCCUUUCUCCCAAAUGGUUUUGCUCUGGUUUUGCUGUGCUUAGCCUUUUUUGCACUGGCAGUGGGGUGUUACGCCACAGCUGCUGAUUAUAUGUCAAUGCAUGUGGCAGCUGACGUCUUUGAAAGAACAGAGGCUGCUUCAGACAGACACUUCUUUUUAGCUAAAGGAGAUACUGCCCCUAACUGUCUGACAUAUCACAGUAUAAGAUGAAGGGUGAGGGUAAGUCAAGGGUGCACUCUUACAAUGGGAGUCAUGGAGUUUAUGGUGGGUUGGCAUAAGUAUUACAAACUUUUUAUCUCAUGAUUAUGAUUUUGUGAAACUAUAGCUGUGCUCAUGUCCUCUAUGGCACUGUUUAUAAUGAUGUUAAGAUGUAUUAACUGGUUCUCCUGUAACUAGCAUAUGAUGGCAUUGGAGUGAAAUGGAAUGGGAUGAUGAAUGCAUCGUUGAGUAAUUGUAGGGGAACUGAGGUCCUGGACGUAGGUUUGCAAUGUAACAUUAAGGAAGCUCAAGAUAUUUAAUGGAGAAUGUUAUGUAGUGUCUUCAUAGUACAGGUCAUCAUAGUAGCUUGGUCCCUUGUUUUUUUCUUUUUUUUUUCUUUUGAGAUGCAAGAUAUAUGCAGAAUUGCACUGAAGUAAUCUUAAAAUACCAAAACUAGUGAGGUUGGAGAAGGCAGCUGUAGAGUUUUAAGGCUGAUAAUGAGGGUUAAGGGAUGGUAUCAAAGUUUAUU